AUGUCGAGAAUCGAUCGGUUGAUGAUCCAGGGCAUCCGCUCCUUCGGUCCAGAGCGCGGAGAAACGAUCAAAUUCGACCCACCACUUACCCUUAUUGUCGGCUGGAAUGGCUCCGGCAAGACAACUAUCAUUGAGUGCCUGCGGUAUGCCACCACCGGUGAUUUGCCACCACACAGUAAGACCGGUGGCGCCUUCCUCCAUGACCCUAAACUUCAAGACGAGAAGGAGAUCAUGGCGCAGGUCAAGCUCUCCUUUCGGUCCACAUCCGGCGUGCGCAUGGUCGCCACGCGAAGUAUGCAGGUUACGGUCAAGAAGACUGGUAGAAGUCAAAAGACGCUGGAGGGCUCGCUCCUCAUGAAGAAGGACACCGAGAACCACUCCAUAUCGACCCGUGUUGCCGAAUUGGACCAGAUCAUCCCACAGUAUCUCGGUGUUCCCAAGGCCAUCCUGGACAACGUAAUAUUCUGCCAUCAAGAAGACAGCACGUGGCCCCUGAGCGACGCCACGACCCUCAAAAAGAAGUUUGACGAGAUCUUCGAGGCUAUGAAGUACACCAAGGCCAUCGACAACAUCAAGAUGAUCCGGAAGAAUCGCAACAUCCAACUUGGUCAGCUGAAAAUUAUCGAAGGCCAUGCCAAGGAGGACAAGAGCCGUGCGUUCAAAAGUCAAACCCGGCAAGCUGAGCUCUAUGAUGCGAUCGAAACGCUUCGAAAAGAAUACGUGGUCAUUGACGAAGAAGUCACAGAGGCCCAGGAAAAAGCUCGCGAGGCGUAUGACCACUCUGUUCGGUAUUCUCGGAUCGUCAAUGAUCUUGAGUUCAAACGGACCACGUUUGAUGCCAACAAACAGAGCGUUGCAGCGCUCGAGGAUAAUCUGACGCACAUGGCUGAGUCAGAUGACGAGCUCCAGUCAAUGCUUGAUCAGUACAAGCAGCGCGUCGAGACCUAUGCUACGCAAAACGACGAGCACCGACAUGAGUAUGCGGAUCUCAAAGACGCUCUAGAGGUGACGCGCGAGUCCCUCGGCGUGAAACAGAGCGAGAUCGGAAAAUAUGAAGCUCAGAAGGAGCAGUACGAUCGCCAACUUGUGCAGCGCGAGACUCUGAUUAAAGAGGCUGCGAAGCGUCAUGACAUUCGCGGUUAUGAUUAUGAUAUCACGGACAAGCAAGUUGCGGACUUUAAGCAAAUCCUCAGUAAAAUGUCUCGAGAUCAGAACCGAGCGCUUGAGCGGGCGCGGCAAGAGUCGCAAAAGGACUUGAAGGAAGCUCAAGACGAUCUCAACCAGCUCAAUACUCGCAAGUCGGGUGCUUCGCAGUCCAAAGAGUCGGCAAGGUCACAGAUCGCCAACAAUGACAAGCGUAUCUCGGACUUGCAGAAGGCCAUGGUUCAGAUCAAGGCGGACGAAGGAAGCGAGGUCGUUUUGCAGGACAAGAAGCGUGAUACUGAGGAACAGUUGCAGAACGCGUCGGCGGCAUCAUCGUCCGAGCGUUAUGAGGAGAGAGUACAAGAGGCUUCCAACAACAUGCGCACGCUGGAAGACAAGAAGGAGCGGCUAACAAACGAGCUUGGCGAAGCCACAAAGCAGGCCAAAGAAUCUGCUUCUAUCGACUAUGCUCGCAACGAGUUGCAAUCUGCCCAACACAGUCUCACGACGAUGAAGAAGGUACACAACGAGCGCAUCUCGGAGCUUGUUGAUUCAGAUUGGGACCCAGCUACACUUGAGACCUCGUACCAGCAAACACUUUCCGAAAAGGCUAGCAAGGUGAAGGAGGCGACCUCACGCCGGGACAUCUCUCAGUCCAAGCUCGACAAGAUCAACUUCCAGUUGUCCAGCCUGGAGUCGCAACUGAAGAAGAAGCGCUCUGAGCUGCGGCAGUAUGAGCAAACCGUGACGAAAGCAAUUCAGAGGGACGACAUCUCUGACUUCAAUGAAACCCUUGAACAGCUUGAAGCUGACUACGAAGGAGUCUCCACUGACGCUGCGAAGUUCGCAGCGAAUGCGGAGUACAUGCGCUCAUGUCUAGAGUCUGCUCGCAAACACAACGUAUGCCGUCUUUGUGAGCGAGAACUACAUGACGACCGGUCACAAAAGUUCACCAUCGAGGGCUUUUACAGCAAGUUGGAGUCGAUCAUUGCGAAAGCAGAGAGCGCCAUGAAGGGUGAAAACCCAGAAGAGCUUCUCGAGGAGCUUGAGCAGGCUCGAAAUGCGAAGCCCAGCUAUGAGCUUGCACUUCGUCUACGCGACACCGAAAUUCCCGCCCUACAGAUCGAUAUGUCAAAAUUGACAUCAGAACGUGAGAAUGUCAACAAGCAGCUUGAGGAUCAAGACAGCAUCGUGCAUGAACUUGAGGCCGAGCGCCAAGAGGUAGAAUCCAUGUCGAAGGAGGUCCAGAGCAUCGUCGGCUAUUACAACAAGGUCCACGAGCUUGAGGUCCAGAUCAAGGACCUCGCUCAGAAACAGAAGACAGCUGGCUUGUCGCGCGGCAUAGAUGCCGUUCAGAGCGACUUGAAGACCAUCACGGACGACAGCCGCAAUGCUCGCAACGUGCUUGAACAGCUCACCGCAGCCCGAGACAAGUCCCGUAACCAUAUCACGAGCCUUGAACUUAGCGUCCGUGACAUCAAUGCCGAGCUGAACAACGCCCAGUCGAAGCUGAAGGAGAAGCGAGCACUAGGCGCUCGCAUCGAAGAGUUCAAGACGGAGAACAACAAGCAACGCGAGUUGAUUCGUGGCUAUGACAAGGACAUCGAGGGUCUGGUUCCGGAGAUUGAACAGGCGCAGUACAAGUACGACGACAUCAACCGCCGUGGCAACGAGCGCGUCCAGCGUGCACACGACGAGGCUUCCAAACUUUCGGACAGCUUGCGUCAGCUCAGCCAAGCCGACGAAGAGAUCACGGCAUACAUCCAGCGCGGUGGGCCUGAACAGCUUGCUCGCACGCACCGCGAGAUUGAGAAUCUCCAAGGUGAUCUGGCCCGGGUCGAGUCGGAAAUGAUGGACGUAAUGCGCAAGAUCAAGAAGAUCGAGGAUAGUGUCCGCGACGUUGAGAUGACCAAGCGUUCCAUCAGUGACAACCUCCGCUACCGCAAAGCCAAGCGGUCUCUCGAGACCCUUCAAGCCGACAUCGAGAAGCUUGAAGCCCACGGCGCCGAGCGCGAUCAAGCCCACUAUACCCGCGAAGCCAAGCACUGGGACGACCAAUACCACUCGCUCAACACCACCAAAACCAGCAUCGAGCGCGACAUGAAGAACAAAGAUGACCAACUCACCGAGCUUAUGAAAGAGUACGAAGACAUCUACCAAAACGCCGACCACCAGUACAAAGAAGCCCACCUCAAAGUCGAAACCACCAAAGCCGCAAUCGAAGAUCUGGGCCGCUACGCCGGCGCCCUGGACAAAGCAAUCAUGCAAUACCACACGCUCAAAAUGGAGGAAAUCAACCGCAUCAUCGCCGAGCUCUGGACAAACGCCUACCAGGGCACCGAUGUCGACACCAUCCGCAUCGCCUCGGACUCCGACGGCAAGGGCAACCGCCAAUACAACUACCGCGUCGUCAUGUCCAAGCAAGACACAGAAAUGGACAUGCGCGGGCGCUGCAGUGCGGGCCAGAAAGUCCUCGCGUGCCUCGUCAUCCGCCUCGCGCUGGCCGAAUGCUUCGGCACGAAUUGCGGCCUGAUCGCGCUCGACGAACCCACCACCAACCUCGAUCAGCAGAACAUCAAGGGUCUGGCGGAGAGUCUGAGCCAGAUCAUCGAUAUGAGGCGGAAGCAGAGUAAUUUCCAACUCGUGGUGAUUACGCAUGACGAGACGUUUCUGAGCGCGAUGAAUUGCUCCGAGUAUGCGGAUCAUUACUUUAGGGAGAGUAAGAUUGAGCAGCAGGAUAUUCAUGAGGUGAGUUAG